AUGGCAACAACAAAGCCCAUAACUAUGCUCGUGGCGCGCAGUCGUCCAUUAACUACUUUGACUGCCUCAACAAUUCGCACAUUCACACCUGUUGCAUCUAGAGCGACUUUCUCGACUUCUCAAUUUCGAGGCGCCACCCCAGCCGGUCCUCCCCCGCCCGGCUUCAGACUGCCAAAACCUGUGAGAUGGAAUGAGAGCAAGGAGAGUACGAUGGAUAAGGCAGGGAAAUACUUCCUCAUGUCGGAGUUGUUCCGAGGAAUGUACGUAGUACUAGAACAGUACUUCAGACCUCCAUAUACAAUUUAUUAUCCUUUCGAGAAGGGUCCAAUUUCUCCUCGAUUCAGAGGCGAGCACGCUUUACGAAGAUACCCUUCAGGAGAAGAACGAUGCAUUGCUUGCAAGCUUUGUGAAGCUAUCUGUCCCGCACAAGCUAUUACGAUUGAAGCAGAGGAGCGUGAAGACGGAAGUCGCAGAACGACUCGAUACGAUAUCGAUAUGACAAAGUGUAUUUAUUGCGGUUUCUGCCAGGAGAGUUGUCCAGUUGAUGCUAUCGUGGAAUCACCAAACGCUGAAUACGCCACUGAGACGAGAGAAGAGCUAUUGUACAACAAGGAGAAGUUACUGGCCAACGGAGACAAGUGGGAGCCGGAAUUGGCGGCAGCAGCAAGGGCUGAUGCACCAUAUAGAUAA